AUGUGUUUAAUUGUUUUUAUUCUUUCAGGUGAUCGUGAAGAUAUUCGGAUAAUGAAUCAAAUGUAUACUUAUGCAAAUCAAAAUCCAAUACCAUCCAUAUUUCCUUAUAGUGUAAUUUUUCCAAAUUAUGAAUCAUUAGGACAAUUACGUAUUGAAAUGUGUUUAUUAAUACUUGCAUUAAUAAUAUGUAGUUUUAUUAGUACAUUUAUUUUGUUUAUUUCUCUUAAAAAUAGCCUUUUAAUUAUUUCUCAUUUACUUGCACUAUUGGCAAGUACUUUAACUUGUUUAUAUUUAUUUCAUCGUUUAACAUUUAAUUUUCUUAAUGCAUCUUGGUUAUAUAUUGCACCAACUUUAUUUAUUGAUACAUUAAUUCAUAUAUGUUAUAAUCGACCCAAUAGCAAAUGGAAAUAUAAUCGUGUAAUUAUUUCAUUAAUAAUUUCUGCACUUGUUUUGUAUUUAAUACCUAUUCAAACAUAUAUAUUUAAAAUAAUACGUAGUUCAAUUAUUUAUCAAUCAACCAUAUGUUUUGUAAUGAUUAAUUUAAUACUUCCAUCUUGGUUUUAUUUAUUUCAAUCUAUUAAUAAUAAUAAUAAUAAUGAUCAAAUAGAUACUGUUAUGAGUCCUACAAUGACAAUUACUGUUGGAAAUCAAUCCUUACCAAAUGGAAUUGAAGUGAACAAUCCUGUUGAUGAAUCAAGUAAAAAUACAAAUGAUCCGAUUUAA